AUGAAUGAUUUGAGUAUUACGAGUGGCAGUGACACUGUUGAAGUUUAUAAUGAUGAAAGCGGGUCAAGUUCAUCUCAAACUGUAGAAUUAUUGGAGGGUCAGAGUCAAACUAUUUCCCAAGAUGAACAGCAGUCAUCAAAGUCGAUAAAAACGGCCACUAUACUUGAUGGAACUUUUUUUAAACUGAUUUCGUCUGACUCUAAAAAUGUGAUAGCAAGUUGUGUUAAAUGUCAGCCAAAAAAUGUAAACAUUAAAGGAUCUAAAUUUUCAUCGUAA